AUGGAGAGCCACGAGUUUUCGCGUUUUUCUGAGCAGUCCGAUGGGCGUGACAGGGCAGAAACACCCUCUCGCUCUGAAGCCCUCCGGAAGCCCUUUGUAGUCAGGAUAUUCGGCAUACACAACCAGCCUGAGGAGUCUGCGGAGCCGGGGUUACCCGAGGAGUCCGAGGACGCCGACGAGCAAGACCAGCAAGGAGAGUCCGAGGAGUGUGCAGAGUCCGACCAGAUCCAUGAGCCCCACGAGCCCCCUGAGCUCUUCCAACCCAAUGAGCCCCACAAGCCCCUCAAACCCCAUGCACCCCACGAGCCCCAUGAGCCCCAUCCGCCUCGUGAGGCCCACAAGCCCCGUAAGCGCCAGGGGCCCCGUGUUCCCCGCGACCCCCACAAGCCUCACGAAGUCGAGUUGCGUCCCGGAGCCGGCGUGAUGAUCUCCCCAUCUCUGCUGAACAGAUUCCCGCCACGGCUUCCACCGUCUUCCCUGAGCGAUCCUGGUCCCUGUGACUUUAUAAGGAAAUGUUCUUUUUCUAGGAAGAGAAUUCAAGAUCUUUCUAGGCCUAAGAAACAGUGGAGAGCCCCAGAUAGAAAACUGUGUUGGGGAAAUCAAGAUCCUAUUUGCCCUGUUUCCAGGAGUGCUUUGACGGCUCAACUGACCAAAAGACUUGAGAACCUUGCCCAGCCUAAGGAAGUCUCCCACCAAUAUGCACCUAACAGGGUUCAAUAUUAUUAUAGCUGCGGUAGAGAGUCUGUAAUCUGGGAGAUCCCAUCUCCUGCACUGUUUUGCCAACCUUCCAAAAGGAUCCAGAAGCUGGCACAACCCAACAGAUUCAAGAAAGGGUAUCUAAUAAAUAAGCCCUUCAGUGAUCACUUAACAAGAGAUUCUCUUCAAACCUCUGAUCCUUCUCCCCGGAUAUUACAACUCUCAGUAGCCAAAGCCACAAAUCCAAACUAUGUUCCUCCAAAAAGCGUUGAAACCAAGAUUUCCAUGUCUACCCUGAAUGCCACUGCAACUCCAAGAAUUAUAGACCUUGCCCAUCCAAGGUUUAAAAUAGAGGGUCUGUGCUUUGAAAGAGAAAGAAAUGAAAUGCCCAUCCGCCCUAUUUCCCAUGCUGCCUUGCUAGCCAGACCUAGCCCUCGAAUACUAGCUCUAGCUAAGGCCAGGCCUCUUCAUCAAGAUUAUUUACCACCCCGUGAUGCCUACUGGCCAGUAUCUUUUGCUGCUAUCCAUUCCAAGAUAUCUCCCAGAAUUCAAGAACUAGCUAAUCCAAAUACAAGGACUCCUGUGCAUAUUGUGUAUUACGAUCCAGAAGUCUUUAAAGUCAAGCCAGCUGCUUUGAAAACACAAUGUUCUCCGAGGAUCCAUGAGCUGGCAGAACCUCUUAGGCGUUAA